AUGAAUGAGAUUCAAGAACACGUGAGCAUUGAUAAAGUAGUCACUCACAAAUCUACAUCUAACACCGUGGAGAUCAGAGUAACGCGUAAAAACGUGGUCACUUGCACUCCUCCUCCGUUCCCAACCCCUCACCUCCUUUUGAACAACAUCCUAAGCUUUGAUCACCAUAAGAUGUAUCCUCUCCUCUAUCCAACCCUCCCAGAUCCCGCCUUAUGCAGAAUUCUCUCUUACAAGAUUGCUUCCGAAGCCGAGAAAGUUCCAGGGCCAUUGUACAUCUCCCUUGACGUCACAUUAUCCCCAGUAAUAUUCGAGGAACCAAAGAUGGAAACAUGCGCUAUUUGCUUGGAGGAGGAACAAUGCUUAUUCUUAAUGCCAAAUUGUUCGCAUGUGUUUCAUAAUCAUUGCAUCUAUGAGUGGUUAUGUCGGAGUAAUCAGUGCCCUCUUUGCCGUGCUGAACUUAUCGAAGACGAAGACUGGGCAGGUGAUGUAUCUCAGAUCUGA